AUGUCGUUUCCCGUUAAGAAAGUUGCUGUCUUCGGAGCCACAAGUGGCAUUGGCCGGGCUCUCGUGGAACGUUUCAUUGAACACAACAUAUUCGUCGUUGCCAUUGGUCGCCGUGAAGAACGGUUGGCAGAACUCGUGCACAAGUAUGGCCACGACAAAGUGCAGGCCUCGCCGUUCGAUCUCACCAAACUAGAGUCAAUCCCGAAUUUUGUGAUAAACAUUACUUCAACACACCCAGACCUUGACCUAGUCUUUCUUAACUCAGGUGUACAAUAUGGUCACGAUUUUACCAAACCCGAGAGUGUCAGUCUUGAUAAGAUUCAGGAAGAGUUCAACUUGAACUAUAUCUCACAAGUUGCUGUAACCAAAGCAUUCUUACCGUUCCUGCUCUCGAGAGCGAAGGAGGGUCAUAAUGCAGGUCUGCUGUACACAUCGUCCGGAUUAGCGAUGGUACCUAUUCCGACGGUACCAAACUAUUGUGCUACGAAGGCGGCACUGCAUUCCUUCAUCCUGACCUUGAGAUUGCAGCUGCAAGACACUGCUGUCAAAGGAGGGAAGGAUGUUGGCAUGCCACUUCAGGACUUUACCAACGAGGCAUGGCAAUCAUUAUCCCAAGGCAAAGACCAAGUGCCAGUUGGUAUGGCGCAUUACGCCUUUGAUGCUUUCGAAAUGAAAAGACAGGAAUUGUUUAAACAGAUGGCUGAAAAACUAAGGCAGGCACCCAGUGUUACGAAGAAGUAUUGA